AUGUCCAACCCCGAGAGGCUGCUCUCAGCCCGCCCCCAGACCCCGCUGGCUGCAGCCGGGGGAAAGCCCGGCUCCGGCACUGUCCGCUCCUAUGGUCAGAGCAACGGAGGCAGCGCCGGGGCUCCUCCUCCGGGAAUCGGCUCGGCUGCCUGCAGCUCCCUCUCUGCCCUGCUUCCAAGCAGCUGCCGCCGCCGCGCCGCUGGGACCGCCGCCGCCGCCUCCUCCUCCUCGGGCAUCGUCCCCAGAGCCGCCGCUGCUCUCUGGGCUCCUCCAGUCCCCCCCUUCCCCGCCCCUGCUCCCUCUUCCCUUCGCUCCUCGCCGCCGCCUCCUCGCCUCCCCCCCUCUGCUGCCUCUGCGCUCGCAAGUCUCCAAGGAAGGGGGGGAGGAGGAGAGGCGGCAGUGGCGGCGGCAGGAGGAGGAGAUGUUGGAGGAGGAGAAGCAGCAGCAGCAGCUCCCUUGAUCGUCCAUCUCAGCAGCAGCAGGAGCAGCAGCAGGAGCAGGCUGUUCUUCUCUUCCUCCAUCCAGGGCUUGCUGCUCCCUUCUCCAGCCGCCGGACCCCGGCAGCACCAGCCGCGGCUCCUCCUCGCCCCAGCUGCCUCUCGCCUGUGGUCCUACAAUUUCCUGGGUGCUGCAGCAGCAGCCGCCCGCGGCGACGGGAUCCGAGGAGACGGCCCCGGCAGGAGCAGGACCCCUAGGCAGCGGCAUAGAGGCUCCUUCCUCUCCUUCUCGUCUCCCCUGCUGCUAAGGCCAGACAUGGAAGAUGGAUCUUCUUCUACAAGCUGCUUUAGGAGGUUUACAGACUGUUUCCUGGGCACAAGUUUGACAGAUGAAAAAGUGAAGGCUUAUCUUUCUCUUCACCCCCAGGUACUGGAUGAAUUUGUGUCAGAGAGUGUAAGUGCUGAGACAGUGGAAAAAUGGCUGAAGAGAAAAAACAACAGACAGGAAGAUGAGUCGACUCCUAAGGAAGUCAGCAGGUAUCAGGAUACAAAUAUGCAAGGAGUGGUUUAUGAACUGAACAGCUACAUAGAACAACGGUUGGAUACAGGAGGAGACAACCAACUUCUCUUAUAUGAACUGAGCAGCAUCAUUAAAAUAGCUACAAAAGCUGAUGGAUUUGCACUAUAUUUCCUGGGAGAUUGCAAUAAUAGCCUCUGUGUGUUCACACCUCCGGGAGCUAAGGAAGGACAACCACAGCUCAUUCCUGCAGGGCCCAUUGCACUUGGCACCACAAUAUCUGCAUAUGUAGCCAAAUACAGAAAAACUUUGUUAGUAGAAGAUAUUCUGGGGGAUGAACGAUUUCCCAAAGGUACUGGACUGGAAUCAGGGACUCGUAUCCAAUCUGUUCUUUGUUUGCCGAUUGUUACUGCAAUUGGUGAUUUGAUUGGUAUCCUGGAGCUUUAUCGGCAUUGGGGCAAAGAAGCCUUCCAUCUCAGUCACCAGGAGGUUGCAACAGCAAAUCUUGCAUGGGCCUCGGUAGCAAUACAUCAAGUACAGGUGUGCAGGGGUCUUGCCAAACAGACUGAACUGAAUGACUUCCUGCUUGACGUAUCAAAAACCUAUUUUGAUAAUAUAGUCGCAAUAGAUUCUCUACUUGAACAUAUAAUGAUAUAUGCAAAAAACCUGGUGAAUGCAGACCGCUGUGCACUCUUCCAGGUUGACCACAAGAACAAGGAACUGUAUUCAGACCUUUUUGAUAUUGGAGAGGAGAAGGAGGGGAAACCUGUCUUCAAGAAGACCAAAGAAAUAAGAUUUUCUAUUGAGAAAGGAAUAGCGGGUCAGGUAGCAAGAACAGGUGAAGUCCUUAACAUUCCUGAUGCCUAUGCAGAUCCACGCUUUAACAGAGAAGUUGACCUCUACACAGGCUACACAACCAGGAACAUUCUGUGCAUGCCUAUUGUGAGCCGAGGGAGUGUAAUAGGCGUCGUGCAGAUGGUGAACAAAAUAAGUGGAAGUGCCUUCUCUAAAACCGAUGAGAACAACUUUAAAAUGUUUGCAGUCUUUUGUGCUUUAGCCUUACACUGUGCUAAUAUGUACCACAGAAUUCGCCAUUCGGAGUGUAUUUAUCGUGUAACGAUGGAGAAGCUGUCCUAUCACAGUGUUUGUACAGCAGAAGAAUGGCAAAAUCUCAUGAACUGCGCACUCCCUACCCACAUCUGCAAAGAAAUUGAACUAUACCACUUUGAUAUCGGUCCCUAUGAGGAUGUCUGGCCAGCCAUUUUUGUCUACAUGGUCCACCAGUCCUGUGGUGCAACCUGCUUUGAACUUGAAAAGCUAUGUCGUUUUACUAUGUCUGUAAAGAAGAAUUAUCGCCGUGUGCCCUACCACAACUGGAAGCAUGCAAUUACAGUCGCACAUUGCAUGUAUGCCAUACUUCAGAACAACCAAGGGCUUUUCACAGACCUGGAGCGAAAAGGUCUCCUAGUUGCGUGCUUGUGUCAUGACCUGGAUCACAGGGGUUACAGCAACAGCUACCUUCAGAAAUUUGAUCACCCUCUGGCAGCUCUUUAUUCCACCUCGACUAUGGAGCAACACCACUUCUCCCAGACAGUGUCCAUUCUGCAGCUGGAAGGGCACAAUAUCUUCUCCAAACUGAGCUCCAGCGAGUACGAGCAGGUCCUGGAGAUCAUCCGCAAAGCCAUCAUUGCCACAGACCUUGCCCUGUACUUCGGAAACAGAAAACAGCUGGAAGAACUGCAUCAGACAGGAGCCUUAAACCUUAAAAACCAAGCACAUAGGGAUCGUAUGAUUGGUCUGAUGAUGACAGCUUGUGAUCUAUGUUCUGUAACAAAGUUAUGGCCAGUUACCAGAUUGACAACUAAUGAUAUAUAUGCAGAGUUCUGGGCUGAGGGGGAUGAAAUGAAGAAGAUAGGUAUUCAACCUAUACCUAUGAUGGACAGAGACAAGAAGGAUGAGGUCCCUCAAGGCCAAAUUGGAUUCUACAAUGCUGUAGCCAUCCCAUGUUACACUACACUCACACAGAUCUUCCCUCCUGCUGGGCCACUACUCCGGGCAUGCAGGGAAAAUCUCAAACAAUGGGAAAAAUUGACGCAAGGAGAGGAAACUUCAUUAUGGAUUCCAUCUCAACCACAUGAUCCCCAGACCUCGGAUUCACUUCCUGUGAAGAUUGAUGACUAAACGGCCGUGACAAAUUGGUUUAACUCUAAGGCAUCUCUCCUUUUUUUUUUUUUUUUGUUUGGUUUGGUUUGGGUUUUUUCUUUUUUGGAAAGGAAAAAGAAAAGCUACAAAUGCUGAGAAGCAGAUCUGCCUGUGGAGGUAAUACCUACAGAGUUGCCUCAGUUAGGCGACUGUCUGCCAGUCUCCUGUCUAACUUCAGUGACACAACAUAAAUCAGAGAGAGACUGACAUCUCGGUUGCUUCAGGAUCGGCUAUCAAAGCAAACUUAUGAGGUGAAUAUAAAAGACUGACCUUUUCUCAUGGGCUACAUUGCUGAGGCCUUAAUUCAAAACUGAAGGGAAAAAUAUUAGGGGGUACUUUUAAAAUUGUAUCUUUCUAGUAAGGGUUUCUGUGGUACUUUUAUUAUAUUGUACUGUGGCUGGAUUUAACACCAGUGUCACUUGGGGAGUUCUUGGCUAUAAAUAGAACAUUUUACACAUUGCUAUUGUGAACGUUUAUGUGUGAUCUACUUGUAAUCAGUUUGAAAUUUAGCAGAAAACCUCUGGGGCUGUAACUUUUCCUGAAGUUACAGUACUUGAAUUAUCUUGCUGCAGGUAGAAGGAUAAUCAACUUUUAGGUUCAAGGCUCCAAAAACUCUAUUGGUUAUCACAGAGCAACUGUUUUAUUUCUCAAGUUAAAUGUUGAAAGCACUGGUUGUGGUGUUUAGUUCUUUGUAAUUAUGUGAAAUGCUAGAGAGCUCAUCCAUUCAUACACUGGAAGUACUAGAUAUUUAUCUCCAGUAAGGAAAGAUGCAGGCAUAAUUUCAGGCUGGACCUUUUUAUCAACAUUGACUAAAAUGACAGGCUAAAGUUUGAAUGUAAUAGCAGAGAUCUGCCUGCCUAGCUAGCUGUAUGUCAAGUGGUCAUGCUAAUGUUUUUCGUGGUGAGUCAUAUUUUAGAAAAUAUUAGAGAGACAUGUUUAACAUACAAUAAUUUCUGCUAGAAAUAGGAGCCUUGUCAGCAAAGUCAGGUAUAGAAGGCAUAAAUGCAGUACCUUCACAAUGAGAGGAAAAUAUUUUCCUUUGACUAGUUUUUAUGUUGGUCACCAGUACUGUAUGUUUUCUACUACCAAAAAAAAAAAGGGAAAACAUUUACCUUUUUUAUGUUUUGCUUUUUUUCUAGUUCAGCAAAUAUUUCUAAGUUUAGAGCUACCUAACUAAGCAGAAAAACAGCUGAUUCAGAAAACUGAAACUGGAAGAAAUUCUGUGCUGAUGUAGGGCUUGGAUCCUGCAAACUAUUAUGCACAUGCUUAACAUUAAGCGCAUGUAUAACUGUUUGACGUUUGGGACACUAUGCUCAGUGCAACCCUUUUGAUUGUAAUGUGGUUGCAAAGGGUGUAAUUCAAUAUACAAAAUUUGACCCUGAAUCUUUCUUUUUAAAAAUCAAAUAAAAUUUCAGCAUAGAUAUAGUACAUCUUUUCUGUACCCCGGUCGUUAGCAACACUGCAUUUAUUUAGUCUGCACUGCCUAGCCUACAUUAUAUUAUACAACUCUUCUUACCUGCUUGCAGAUAGGCAAGUCUUAAAGUGGUUUAGUGGCAACACUACAGCGUAGUGUAAAAACAAGUAGUACAGUCAGCAGUUUAAAGGCAAUAGGUAGUAUCUGUUUUCCCAUUCUGCUUGUUUACUGAACUGCAUUGAUCUAAUAAGUAUGCAUCGUAUAUUUUUAUUAUUAUUUAAAUGUUUGGGUCCCUGAAAAGGUUUGCCUUCUGUUCUGGUCGAGCACAAACCAGUUUGUUUGUAUGCAUAUACAUUAUGUGAUCUAUAAUCACGUAAUUUAUACAUAAGCCUUUGCAGUACAUAAAAUACCAUGUAGGGUUAGAUUUGGGAUAUCUUGAUCAAAUCUUUUUAUAUGAAGUUCAGAUUUGAAUCAUACAGGGGACCAAGGAUGUCUAGCAGCAUCCAUGCAAGCACUUAGUUUGCUUUGCCAAUACUAAAUGAUUUUAUUCUCUGCAUAGUCACCAGUGAAUUUUUUUGAAAUGAAAAAAAAUUAUAAGGAUGCAAUUUUAUCAAACUGAACAAACAAGAUCAGCAUAAGUGGUGCCCUCUACUUUAUUCCUUAUCAGUUCUGGUUUAAAUAAUGCAAUUCAUACGCAGCCUGUGUUACUACAAGCAAAGAACUUGGGACUCGACCUAGAGUUACUGAUUUAUGUGGAAACUUCACAGAUCUGUGGUGGCCUCAAAUACAGUCUGUCAGUUAUAUCUGUGAGAUACCCAAAACAACUCAUUGAAAAUCUCUUCCAUGGCUCAAGCAUGUCCGUUAUUCCCAUCCCCUUCUCUCUCUAUUUGCUGAUCUUGUCAGUGUUGCAAAAUAUUCCUUGUCACAAGCUAUAUUCAUUUCACAGAAAGUUGGUCUGAUUUCCAGUCUGUAAAAUCUAAAUUAGCUAGAUCAUGAGUCGUCACUGAAAAUGCUUGGCAGUAUCAUAUAGGUGCUUUAUAUAUUUCCCUAACAAAUUAAGCAAAGUUCCAAUAAAUAUUUCUAUUAAUGUGAUGAGACAACCAUAUUGGUACUUGACAUUUUGAGUAACCUGAACCACUUUAAACAGUUUGUUAUAGUUAAAUUUCCAUUAGAGUUAAUACAGUUCCCCCUGCCCACCCCCUUUCUUCUCCUCUGGAGUAAGACAGGGGAAAGGAGUAAAACCAUAUGGAUAAAGUCUCCAUUGUUGCCUAAAAUAUAGGUAGACAAUAGUUUUAGUGGGCAAUUUUUUUAAGUUGCAUCAAUUUGUGCUAUAGACUAAUUUAGUGAGUACAGUUUUAGGCAUCCAGGUGUUUGACAGAAGUAAACCCAAAUCAGUAUCCCAGAACCGAAAACCCUAAUCUAAGUAGUAGUUUGAGUCUGCAUUUGAAUGUCAUGACUCAAGGUCCAUAUUGAAUAUUUGGUUGUCCAAAAAUUUAUAUUUGCACUGGCAAAUAGAACAACUAAACAUCUGAGACAACCAUUUUUGUGGUCAAAUGUCAGCUGAGAUUUUGUCCCUUUAAAAAUGUAGCCACACAAAAUGAAUAAGAACUUUUUAACAAUUGGCAGACAUUUUUUCUAGAAGUCUUAUAAAAUGUAUAGUUUUUAUUUCCAAAAAAGACUUUUUUAUUAAAGUUUUAAUUACCUUUUCCCUUCUAAACAAAACAAUAGAAAA